AUGGCGUUCACUCUGUACUCCCUGCUGCAGGCCGCCCUGCUCUGUGUCAAUGCCAUCGCCGUACUACAUGAGGAGAGGUUCCUGAGCAAGAUUGGCUGGGGAGCAGACCAGGGGAUCGGUGGAUUUGGUGAGGAGCCGGGAAUCAAGUCUCAGCUGAUGAACCUCGUGCGGUCAGUGCGGACGGUGAUGAGAGGUAAGUCUUCUACCAGCAGAGAUGGAAGGUAG